AAUCCUUCAUACUUUGAUAUCGAAGUCAAGGUUCUUUCUGACUAUCUGAAUUCCUUCCUGCUCUCGCGAUGUACAAUCGACGUCCCCCGGGCCAUACACCAAAGAUGUCCAGUGCAAUUGCUAGAGGUGCUACAGCCAUCGAAGAACUGAUUGAUAAGGCCGUAGAACGUGCAGUCAUGCAGGAGAAAAGAAAGUGUGAGGACAUGGAGAGGAUAAUCGCCGCGUUACAGUCUCAGCUACGUGCUAGUGAUCGAGAAGUUCAACUGCAGCAAGAGAUUGAACAGUGGAAAACGAUGUGCGAUACCUUGGAGCGUGCGACAUCUCAGAAAGAUUCUGAAAUUGCAUUACUCAACUCCCGACUUUGGGAGUCGGAGAGGAAAGUCAAAGCCUAUGAGAAGACCCUUCGCCAUUCACAGAACAAGUCGGAGUCACUCGAAUUUCUGACAUGAAAUAUACCUAUGUAUUUAGUACCGACCGAGCCGCACAAACUUGCCUAUGAAUUUCACUCGAAGUAGUGGUGCCAACUAGAGGCAUCAAGGAUGAUACGCACCAGUUUAGAGCCUGGAUCUCUUCAGCUUCGGAAGUUCUCCACCUCGACCGGAUACGUAUUUCAAUCGAGAACCAACCCGAAUAUAGACACCGUCGGCAUGUAUGAAUGUCGAUAUUAUCACGAAUAUCGAUCACCGACAGGUUACCGAAGUUCAAGCAUUCAUCCUUUCAAGUAGUCAAGUGUACAUCAGGACCAGUCUAUGAGACA